AGGACGCUCCAUUCCCAGCGAGCACGUAGAGUCCGCUCCUGGUUUUGCUGCUCCGCUCAUCGCAGCAUAUAGCCUACCUUCCCAGACUCUCGACACUCCAGCAUUGCUGUGCAAGCAGAUGUUCCUUCUCUGAUGCCAAGUCUUACAAUUUUUGCAUUUGGAGAAGGUAAUCUUUCGCGCGAAGGCUGCAAAGUGACAAGAAACAACAGAAACUGCCCCCCUCCUCGGCUCAGUGAGAGAGGGAGAGUUGUGAACGGAUAGCGGCUUUGGAGAAAUACAGUACAGUGAACCCGUGGCGGUGAGCAAGGCAGCAGUUUAUUUACCACACCUGUGAUGCGUUGUUCUGAGCAACGAAGACACACAAUUGGGAUGCUGAUGACCACGGCACGGCAGGAGGAUAUGUGUUGAGGAAGAGACUUGGGCGUUGUGAAAAAGGCGUUAAGUGCUACAGAGGACACUCUUCGGACCUUAAAAACCCCAGUGUGCCAGUGUUUCUUCUCUGCUCCCUGCCUUUUGAAAGUUAGGUGAUGAAAAACACGAAGAUGCCCUUACUUCUGGGCCCCUUUGUCCGCUGUAGGCUCAGCGCUACGCUCCUUGUGCUCUGGCUCGUCUUCGCUGGCUUCACCUGCACUGGUUCCGAGCAUGUCGCCACAGCAACACUUCCUGCUGCCUUCUCGGACCUGUUACCUCACUUCCUGGUGGAGCCAGAGGACGAGUACAUCGUGAAAAAUAAGCCGGUGACGCUGACCUGCCGCUCCACCCCGGCCACGCAGAUCUACUUCAAGUGCAACGGCGAGUGGGUUCACCAGGAUGACCACUUGAUUGAGCGGACAGUUGACCCAGCCUCAGCGCUGCCAGUCAUGCAGGUGACAAUUGACAUUACCAGACAGCAGGUGGAGAAGAUCUUUGGUCUCGAUGAGUACUGGUGUCAGUGUGUCGCCUGGAGCACAACCGGAACCCAGAAGAGCCAAAAAGCAUACAUCCGGAUUGCUUACCUGAGAAAGAACUUUGAGGAGGAGCCGCAGGGUAAAGAAGUGGCAUUGGACCAGGAGGUGUUACUGCGCUGCCAUCCCCCCGAGGGAGUGCCACAAGCCGAGGUGGAGUGGCAGAGAAACGAGGAUGUUGUCAACCCAGCAAGCGACCCCAAUUUUUUCAUCACGGCUGACCAUAAUCUCGUCAUCAAAAAAGCCCGGCUGGCGGACACGGGCAACUACACUUGUGUGGCCAAAAACAUCGUCGCUCGCCGCAAAAGCACCUCUGCCACGGUCCUAGUCUAUGUCAACGGCGGCUGGUCCACGUGGACCACCUGGUCGUCCUGCAGUGCUGUGUGUGGGCGUGGCUGGCAGAAGAGGAGUCGGAGCUGCACCAACCCCACGCCACUGAAUGGAGGCACAUCCUGUGAGGGGCAGAACGUCCAGAAAAGUGCCUGCGUGGCCACCUGUCCAGUGGACGGAGGCUGGAGCGAGUGGAGCAAGUGGUCGGCAUGUGGUGCAGACUGUUCGAUGUGGAGAAGCAGGGAGUGCACCCAGCCCUUACCUGGCACCGGGGGCAAAGACUGCCAGGGGCUCGACCUCCAGUCUCUCAACUGUACCAGCGAGCAGUGCCCGCAGACUGUGAGCGGGGCCGAGGACGUGGCGCUCUACGUGGGCAUGGUGGCAGUGGCUCUGUGUCUCACUCUGCUGCUCAUCGUGGUGGUCCUGGUCUACCGGCGUAAGAAGGAGGGCCUAGAUGCCGACGUGGCGGACUCCUCCAUCCUCACCACUGGCUUCCAGCCCAUGGGCAUCAAGCCCAGCAAGCCAGGUGUGUGGGCACCGCGGCCACGCAGGCCUCCCCCCCACAGCAAGAAUUCCCAUUUGCUCACCAUCCAGCCUGAUCUAACCACUACCACCACCAGUUACCAAGGCACUCUACGCUCUCGCCAUGAUGCCACUGGGAAGUUUUCAAUGACCAAUGGGCCUCUACUGGAUCCGCUUCCCAACGGCUCGCACACUCUGCACAAUGGCAAACUUAACUCAGACCCUGCCGAGUUUGUGAGCAGGCUGUCCACUCAGAGCUACUUUAAAACGCUGCCCCGCGAUGUUGCUAACACCUCCUAUGGGACCUUCAACUUCCUGGGAGGGAGGCUGACAAUCCCCAACACAGGAAUCAGUCUGCUCAUUCCUCCCGAGGCCAUCCCCAGAGGAAAGAUCUAUGAGAUUUAUCUCACUGUUCAGAGGAAGGAAGAUUUAAGGUUGCCCCUGGCCGGCUGCCAGACCCUGCUCAGCCCCGUUGUGAGUUGUGGCCCUCCGGGGGUGGUCCUGAGCCGGCCAGUUAUCCUCAGCAUGGACCACUGCUCUGACGCAUGCCUCGAUAACUGGGCCGUCCGCCUGAAGAAGCAGAACUAUGAGGGCGCUUGGGAGGACGUCCUGCUGAUGGGGGAGGAGCUGGUGUCGGAGCCCUAUUACUGCCAGCUUGAGGCCGAGACAUGCCGGCUUUUCUCGGAGCAGCUGGGCACCCUCGCCCUGGUGGGAGAGUCCCUGCACAUGGGUGCUGCCAAGCGUCUGAGGCUGGUGCUCUUCUCUGACGCGUACUGCUCCACGCUGGAGUACAACAUCAGGGUCUACUGCAUGGACGACACACAGGACGUCUUCAAGGAGGUGAUGCAGAUGGAGCGGCAGCUCGGGGGUCGGCUGAUUGACGAGCCUCACGUCCUGCUUUUCAAAGACAGCUACCACAACCUGCGCCUGUCCAUCCAUGACAUGCCCCAGGCGCACUGGAGGAGCAAGCUGCUAGCUGGCUACCAGGAGAUCCCGUUCUACCACAUCUGGAACGGCUCCCAGCGGUACCUGCACUGCACGUUCACUCUGGAGCGGCUCAGCCUCAGCACCUGUGAGCUCACCUGCCAGCUGUGUGUGUGGCAGGUGGAGGGGGAGGGACAGAGCUUUAGCCUCGACUUUAACAUUGCCAAGGACACCCGAGCUGUGGACUCUGAGUUUCUGUUAAUGGACAGUAAUGCCACAGCUCUGGCAGGCCCCAGCGCCUUUCAGAUCCCGUACCUCAUCAGGCAGAAGAUCUGCAGCAGCCUGGAUGCCCCCUGUCCCAACGGAGCCGACUGGAGAAUGCUAGCACAAAGACUUAAACUUGAGAGACACAUGAGUUUCUUUGCAUCCAAAGCGAGCCCAACCUCUGUGAUCCUGGACCUGUGGGAGGCACAACAUUUCCACAGCGGCAACAUCAACCAGCUGGCCACGGUCAUGGCCGACAUUGGCAAACAGGAAGCCAUGAUAUUCCUGGUCUCUGAUGGCGAGUGCUAACCCAGAAAAGGGGGAGAGACUGGUGCAGAGGAAAAGUACAGAACACAACAACACAAAAAGAAAAACAACUGACUGCAGCAGGAAUCGAAUAGCAGAGCUGUCCCAAUGUCCCUCUUCUUCACUUCAGAAGAUAAUAAAGGGUUUAUGUAGGAUUGAGUCCCUAUUUCCCAUCGAACAGAGUAAAAAUCUUUAAAUGACAGACCAAAUGAGGGAAAGGUAGAGUUUGGGUGUAUGGGGAAAUGUAUUCAUGAACUCAGUAAAGAAAAUACCCAUUAUUUUCCAUCAAGGAUUAGGUUAAAUUAGUCCACACCCUGGUUCUACUUUAAAGAUAACAUUAAAUGAACUUCAUGCCUUUUUAUAUAAAUAGGCCAGUUAUGGCUAAUAAGGAGCAAUAUGCAAAUGUAAUGCUAAUACUAAUGGCCAAUAUAGCAAAUUCAAUGAAUCAUUUUUGAACUUAGAUUAAAAAGUGAUGGAUGACAUAUUAAAUAAACGGGAUGUGACAAAAGGUGCCAGUCACUUCAGGUUAAACAUGCGACAUAUGCAAUUGGCAGGUUCGUUAUAUGACGCUGAACACAUUAAUAACAAGGUCAUCAGGGUCUACGAACGUCCCCUCCCAAACCCAGUGACACUCUAUAGAUGUGUGUGUCAUACGUGUCAUUAGCCGUUUCUUUAAAACUCACACACAGACGGCUUGUAGCACAUCCUGGACUUGCAGGUUUAAAAUAGAUUGUAUUUCAGAGGCCCAAAAACCCGUCUCAUCUUGUUUGUGUGUUUUUUAGUCCAGCCGGUAUCACUACUGUGAAUGUAACAUCUUGACAUCUUGAUCCAGUGAGACGCUUCACAGCUUUCCUGCUUCUAAAUCAAUAUAUGUGUGGUUUGGGUUAUUUUUUUUACUUUUUUGAGGGAGGAGUGAGUAAUAUCUUCACUAAAAGUCAUAUUUCAGAAGCCAUUUCUAUUUAAAGCCUGUGAUUUUGAUCCGUCCAGUAUAUUUCACGUCUUAUAUUGCCCCCAAUCGUUCACUGUGGCGUUUUUCUGUUUCAAAUUCCACAGCUAAUGAAGGAGCCAUAGGGUCGAAAGGCGUUCCAGCUGCAUAUAUGUGAACACUGAAUGUCGUCAAAACUCAUUUCUAAAAUGACAUUUUCCCCCGAUUACAUUAAUUCUGUAGCAGAGAGGAUGUUAAACAUAAAAGCAUGGCCAAAAGGGUUCGUAUCCCAUAUGAAUAAUGAAAAGCACUUUCCCACAGGAAAUCUGCCUACAAAUUCUUUAAACUCGUCACCAGAUUACGUUGUGCACAUUGUGCAUCUUUGUUUUUAUAAUUCAUAAAGCAAUGUUGAUGGGAAUUCUAUAUUUGCUGUGUGACAAACAGUAUUUCCACAUCAGAGAAACGCCUGUCUCUCAGAGAAAGUUAAGAGUGGCUUAUUCAUAAUGUCACGCCUUUGCUCACAAAAGAUGCUUUGAAAGGGUUUUUUCUAUUUUAUUUCUAGCCAGGAUGGCAAAAAUUAUCCAGCAGAUUCAUGCAACAAACUAUAAACUGCAACUACGCACUUGCUUAUCAUAUUUUGCUACUUUGCUUUAAUUCAUGUUAAAACUUUUUUUUUUUAUUAACAGAGCUGUCAGGUCAGGCAACAUAAAAUACACAGAGUAUCUUUGAAGUCCACUGGUUCAGUAAUUAUCCUUUGAAAAGGUGUGAGCAAUCCCAACUUAGCCAUAGUUCUCUCUCCGUCUGCCUCAGGGUUGCAUGUGAAGUUAUCUGUUAAAGUUGUAAAGAGAGCCCUUUUCAUUAAAUCCCUUCUUAGUCAAACUGCUAGCACAGCCCAUCCUACCAGCUCCUGUGGCUUCAACCUUUAACACUAACUGGAGCCUCUUUUAUGAUUGUCAGAUAUUUAGAAUGUACAUUUAUGUUUCCUUAUAGUGGGGGGAAGUAUGUUAGAAGUUACUUUGUUUUUGUGUGGCGUCUCAGCACCUGGUAGCUCUUUAGCCUCUUUUUCAUCCCAUUAAACACGCCUCCUCUCGACCAACAAGUUUUUACAAACCCCUGUACUAUUUGAUGUCGAGAUGCCAUGAAAUAAAAUAUUACCUUUUUUAUUAACUUUAAGAAACCCACGGAUCAAGCCCCUUUCUGACAAAAUGGCGAUAUCACCUUAAAUAUAACUUUUCAUGUUGAAAUGGAUCAUCGCCACAUGUAAUAUGUAAAUACUUUUUCUACCAGCCGUGUGCUGUCACUUUGCAUACUGUAUAUCAGCAGAAUUGGUAACCAAAGUUUUCUGAAUAUCAUUUGAGGCCACUACAUCCUCAUAUUGUAUCCAUUCAAUAUUGUUUCAGCAUUGUUUUACUUGAAGCUACUAUAGAAUAAGUCAGAGUUGCCGUCUGUUCUAAACUGCGGACUUAAAGUCCAAAUCAUUUCUUUCUCAUUUCCUCGCUGUUGUCUUUGAGGCAAGUUAAUGCUGUUUGUUCAAGCAGUAAUGUGUCAGUUUAUUUUAUCACUUUGUAAAGAAAUGUAAAUUAUAUUUUAAUAUGAAGCCAAAAAAAAGACACUUAACUGGCGCAGCAAUUGUCAAGUCUAAACCGUGACGUGUUUGCCUAUAUACUGUUCUUUGGCGAUCUAGCAGUGAAGACUUUUUGCAGUGUUAAGGGUUUAGAGACUGUUUUACAGGAAGUUUCUAUACAUAUUUUGUUCGUCCUUACUCUGCAUAUGUCUACCUGAUUAUUUCUCUAACUGUAAGCAUUUAAAUACAAAGUGGAAAUAGUCACUAAUGCUUAGUGAAUCACUACACUGGGACUGUGUGGAGGCUAAUCGGAGAAAGAGGACAUCAGUUCUUGGUCACCGACAAGCCAGUGUUAACACAGCACGUUUAGAAGAGCCAUGGCAGUUGUACAGUCAAGACUGUGUGCGAUAUUUUUUAUCACCUCUGUCAUUGUCUUGGAUGUGUUGUCUAAGCACAUUUCAGUAAUGUAAUUCACCAGCCGCCAGGAUGUUCACCAUCUAUCUUCACAUCUAACUUGUCCAACAACUCUAACAAAUCUGCAAUUACUGUGUGUGUGAGAUGAAGACAGUCCGGUUCAUGGUCAAAUCUGCGCCUGAUAGUUCUGUGUAAGACUUGUGUCAGUAACAUACAUACAUACAUAAAGGCUACCCUGAGUUAUGAGGGAAAUUUGUUACAUCUCACGGCUGUACUUUGUGUCACUCAUUACUACUUAUUCAGUGUCAAGGACUUGUGUGUGUGUUUGUGAAUGUGUGUGUGUGAGUGAGAAACUGGGUGUGUGCAUACCUCCCUGUCACUCUGACUGAAGCAUUUUCUUUUUGAACUAAGAACAAUAGACUUCUGUACUUGUGAAUGGUUUUUCUAUUGAGUUUCUUGAUUCAAUGUUUCUUGCCUUUCUGCAAGUCAAAAAUGCUGUAUUUAUUACAUGCCACAGCGCUUAUGCAAUUGUAUAAUCCUUUUGUUUUGUUUUUAACCUUUUUGUGUUCCUUAUCGUCAAUGUAAAUUGUUGUCAAAACUUUUGUGGCAAUGGAAAAACUUCUGCUAAAGGAGAUUUUCUGUACUUUUUGGACAAUGAUAUGGAUUUGUGGGUAGAAUUUUGGAAAUUCGUUUCUAAGUGCUUUCAAGUAUUUACUUGGCCUUAUGUAUAUAUAUAUAUAUAUAUAUAUAUCUCUAUGACAUUUCAGAAAGGUAUGUAUAGUAAUUCAACCUGAAAUUGUUGUAAAUAAAUUAUAUAUUGUUAAAUCAA